UCACCUGCAUAGCUACAACUAACUUCAACCUCAAUUCCAAUUCAUCUUCUCGUCUCCUCCGCCUGUAUCAAACGCCUCCGUUCCACUUUCUGAAACAAGAACUUUGAAAUUUCUUUCUUUUUUUUCCCCUUCCUUUUUCGGAGCCAUUAUCAUCAUGAGCUUUCAAGAUCUUGAGGCUGGAAGGCCUUUCCUGCAAAAGAAGCCAAAAGAAAAAGACCCUUCUCAAGCUGUGGCCGCCGGGAUUUUCCAAAUCAACACUGCCGUCUACUCCUUCAACCGCCUCGUCAAUUCCCUCGGAACUCCCAAGGAUACCAUCGAAUUGCGAGAGAAACUGCAUAAGACAAGACAACGUAUUGGAGAACUGGUGAAAGAAACUUCUGUUAAACUUAAGGAAGCCAGUGAAACCGAUCAUUAUGAAGAAGUUAGUCCUGCCAAAAAGAUUAGUGAUGCUAAGCUUGCAAAAGAGUUUAGGAAUGCUCUUAACGAAUUUCAGAAGUCCCAAAGGCUUGCUGCUGAGAGGGAAACUAUGUAUGCUCCUUUCGUUCCCAAAGUUCUUCCAUCAAGCUACAAUGCCCAUGAGCCUGAUCAAAGUUCGUCAAGGAGUCCCGAGCAGCAAUCUCUUCUUUUAGAAUCUAGAAGACAGGAGAUUGUAUUGUUCGACAAUGAGAUAGCAUUUAAUGAAGCUAUUAUUGAAGAACGAGAGCAGGGGAUUAAAGAAAUUCAGCAACAGAUUAGUGAAGUAAGUGAGAUAUUCAAAGAUCUAGCUGUCUUGGUACAUGAGCAAGGAGUUAUGAUUGAUGAUAUUGGUUCUAACAUUGAGAGCUCUCAUGCUGCAACUGCACAAGCUACUUCACAACUUGCAAAAGCUUCCAAGAUCCAAAGAUCUAAUUCUUCUUUGUUUUGUUUACUCCUUGUGAUCUUUGGGAUCAUUCUGCUCAUUGUCAUUAUAGUUGUUGUGGCUUGAGCAGAAUAUUUUGUUGUCAUCAUGUGAGCUUGAUAUGAAGGCAGGGUCCCCUUUUGUUAUCUCCUUGGUGGUGUUAUUUUUCAUUAGCUCCUGCUUGACUUGACACAGAUCAGUCCACGAUUCUGGACUAGACACAGAUGGUCAUUAAUGUGCAGUUGUUAGUUUGCAGUAGGCUGAAUUCCUCUUAUGUUGACUCUUAUUACUAAUUAUUAUAUAAAUUUUAUCCUCUUUUAUAAUUAGUAGUAAAUAAAAUCAUCUGCAAUCUGUAUUUCAUUGAAUUAAUUUUUUCUGCGCAGUUGUAACACCCAAGUAUCUUUAACCCGUUUCUUCUCCCAUACAAUUCAAUGUAUCAUUUGUAUCUGUGGUAUUGAUAGUUUUAGAAAAUGUCAAAUUUCUUUUGCUUA